CUCCAAUUCAUCCAUCAUCGUCGGUCUGUUUUCCGGUACAGGCUAUCCUUCGUUUCACUAGAACCAAGGGGCCUGUCUAACCAGCUUCCGGGUGUGGGAUUCCCACCACCUUGUUUUCUCGACCUUCCCCUUCCGUCCGGCCUGUCCAUUAUGUGACGGCAACCAUGACAGGCAAUCUUGGACGCAGGCUGUAUACCAACUUUUGGGAAGCGGCUCAUCCGCUCCUAGGCAAGGGAUUUCAGACGGCUCCGGCCAGUGCGGCCAGCUCGGGCAACUUUUUUUGCGAUUUCGUCCUCAAGAAUCGCCUCGGAAAGCCGCCUUCUUUCUCGCUACGAAAAACCCACCAAUAUACUCGACGAUUCGCCUCCGGGGGCUUUCUGGUCCUCGGAGCAUCACCCAGCACCACCGCGGUCGAGACGGGAACCAGCUGUGCUAUCGCCCCGGAGAAGUUGCUCCCGUCUCGCCGCUACCAAUUCGACCGCAAAUUCUUUCGCACCCUAUCCCAGACCGCGGCACGACGCGGCUUUCACACAAGCAAGGAUGACCGACCACCGACGGAGGGGUCGAAAGAUCCUUUGAAAAAUGCUCCGGAAGAGCCGCAGUCGACAACGCCCGCCGCUCGCCGAAAUGAAGGAUCUCAGAGUCCCGGGUCCGAACAUCCGACCGCGGAGCAAAAGCACCCGACCGGAUACCGCUUCCCCCAGAUGCCACACAUCCAUCGCCCCUCCAAGGAGGAGCUGUUGGCCGCGGCAACGGGGUUCUGGUCCCGGCUGAAAGUCCGAUUCAAGUGGUUCUCCAUCCGCAGUGUGCGACCUUAUAAUCUGGACGAAAUGGCCGCCCUGUUUUCAUGGGUCUUUCUGGGCCAUGUGGUCUGGGUCGUCCUGGGGACGACUACCUUCUUUUCUCUCAUCAUCCUCACCAUCAAUACAGUAUUUGCACAGGAAACCCUUGCUGGGUGGAUAGGAAACUACCUCACGAAAUCCUCCGGAGUGAAAGUCGUGUUCGAAUCCGCGAUCGUCCCCAGGUGGAGGGACGGCGUCAUCACGUUCCGAAAUGUUUUUGUCUCGCGACGUCCCGGUCAAGGGACCGGAAAUGUCAGUAAAGGUUCCUCGAAGACGGCGGCCGCCGCCGCUGCCGCCGCGGCUCGCAGCGACCACUUGAUUCCCGAUGGGCCAGAGCAGAGAACAACAACGGAGGACGAGGAUACCAACUACACACAGUUUGACGUGUCCAUCGAAACCGUCAACGUGACCCUAUCGUUCGCGAAAUGGCUCAACGGGAAAGGGCUCCUGCGGGACGUGGAGAUCCAAGGAGUGCGGGGCGUCCUCGAUCGUCGAUCGGUCUUUUGGCCCGAUGAGGACCUGGACCCCAAGUCUUACCGACAUGAGCACUACCCCGGAGACUUCGAGAUCGAUUCGUUCAAGAUGAACGACCUGCUGGUCACGGUCUACCAGCCGGACAACUUCCGGCCCUUUUCCGUCAGCAUCUUCUCCUGUGACCUCCCCCAGCUGAGAAAGCAGUGGCUCUUCUACGAUUUCAUGUCCGCGAACAUGAUGUCCGGCGCGUACGAUAACUCCCUGUUCACCAUCCAUCCCCGACAAACCCACAGCUUUACCGGCGCCCAGCUCGACAACGGCCGGGAGGAGGACGGCAAGCCGAGUCCGUGGAAGAAGCACAACCGCAUCCGCGUGGACGGGUUAAACAUCGACCAUCUGAACCGCGGGGUGCCCGGUCCGCUCUCGUGGAUCCACGAAGGGCAGGUCGAUAUCGUCGCCGACAUGAUGAUCCCGGCCGAUAACGACGAGAGUCUGGCCAAGGUCAUGGCCGACUUCUACGACCGGUUGGAGGCGACUGUCACCUCGAACCGAUUCCACUCGGCCGCCGACAUUGCCGGCCGCGCCGACGAGCCUGUGGCUGACGAGGAUAAGCGAUUCCUCGUCACGGACCUGCGCUUGCACCUGAACAACGUCCGCGCGGUUGUUCCCAUCUUCACCAGCGACCUCUCCUACAUCAACAACGCCCUCAUCCGCCCCAUCGUCGCGUAUAUCAAUUCGCGGCGCACCUUCAUCCCGGUCAACUGCCGCCUGGUCAAACGGGCGGGGGAUUUCAACGGCAGUUGGACCAUCUACGACAGCGGGCUGAUGGACGACCUGUCCGCAGCGGUCUACGACGCAUUUGCACGCGACGUAGUCGACGAACAAGCGCGCAAGCGACGGUUCAAGAAGGUCGGGUUCUGGUCGCUGCAGCUGGCGGCGCAGGCGAUCUUCAUCAGCAUGGCAGGGAAUAUCGCGUGACGCGCUGGAUCCCCGCUCUCUGUAUUUAUAUGUGAUAUCAUACUACCCAUGGGCGUUGUCGGUUUGAUAUUGGGACCCGGCGUUGCUGGGCAAAAUACAUUUGAUUCCGC